CAGAUGCACCGUUUCGCGCGGUAAAUAACAGUCCUUGCCAUACAAAAAUAAAUAAACUACUGAUAACUGAAUAUAUGCAAACAUAGUAAUUCGUCCGUAAUUUUCAGUUGCUUAUACGACACGUUGUCCCGUAAUACUGAUUGAAACUAUGACCAAAGAAGCAAUUAGUGUAAACAUAACAUCAACUGAGAGUGUGAACUUUGCGGUUUAAUUAGCGAAGUGGCGUCACGAAGGCGAUACAUUUUUUAGCGACUAUUUUGUUAAACCGAGUGACGAUAUAUAGCAGCAGACAUUAAUUACUUCAUACUUCCAAACCAAUAUAAAGAUUUAAUUUACUUGAAAGGUAUGAAUACUUCUAACUGGAGGAUUAUAUUCUGUAUUUUAGUAAUCAUCCCAGGUUCGACAUUGAAUGUUAUCGAGAGGGCAGCAGGGACGGCCGAAAAAGCCGUUUCAACUACUUCAAUACCGCUAGUAUUAAAACCAGUCAUGCCAGCUAAUAUGGAAGUAAAGAUAGAUACUAACAGUUUAAAAACGUAUCGAAAAGCUAAAGAAAUUUCUAUAGCCACAACCUCCCGCGCAAUGAAUGCGGAAGAGUCGACGACAGUGCCAAAGCUAACGCGGCAAUUAAGUUUGGAUAAAGGAGUGAAAGUAAAGCCAUCACUGACAUCAUUAACAAUGAAACGGCAAGAAAAAGAAGAAUUAUUUCGUCUUCAAGGCCUUCAAAGAAACAUACAUAAAGCGUCUGCGGAUGUUAAAUUUUCUAAUAUCCCUACAAAAACAUUAACUAAAACAUCAAUAAACAAUACGACAAACGGAUCUUUAAGUUUGACAGAGACUGUCCGAAAGCUCAGAGAAUCAGCAACAGAAAUGACAUUGRAAACAAUUGUGAUCAUAAGAAAUUCAUCAGCAAAAGUGGCAUCUGCUACGAAAGUGCUGACAUCUCCAUCUCCAACGCUAUCAGAGGUCGAAUUGUUUCCGUUAUCUAGUAUAAAUAACGAAUACGAACAACAGAAUCACGAUAAUACGACCCAUAUCAGACAUCCCUAUAGAGAUAACAAUAUUAAAAAUAAAGAUAAAUGUAAUUACAAUUACGACUACAAGAAAGAGUCAUUGGUUCGAAAAGCUGAUGACGAAAACCGCAUUGUAGAUGAACAUGACAUCAAAGAUAUUUGUAGCCUAUAUCAACAUGUACUACAGACACUACAACGUCACACUUCCCCCCUACUGCGGACCCAGCCUCAGAGAGAAAGCCCGCACAGCAAUGACUACCACUUAAACAAUAGCAAUAGCAAUUCGCUGAAACAGCAAACACAUUCAGUGAGAAAAAUUCGUCAACAACGUACUCGUCAAGUGAAGCAGCAACAAUUAAAUAUAACAACAAUCCCUGUUAGAGCAGCGAAAGUUGUGCCAGAAACCGAAAGCGAUUUGAUCGGMAAUGACACCGACUUUAAAAUAACCGUGGUGUUUUCCAACCAAACAGUGAAAGAUAUAAAUGGUCCGUCACGAAAUUCGAACAUUAUGCCGAAGAUUCUGACAACUAGACCUUAUUCGGACACAACAAUGGUAACAUUAGAAGUCAAUAACCAAGAAAUUUUACACACCACAACAAAAGAGUUUUCGGUAUCACCAAAAAAAACGAAAGCAAAGACGAAUCGACCUUCUCUAACAACAACACCACGGCCUAUUCCAUCCAUCGACGACCACCAGACAGUGAUCAGUCAGGCUGGCACACAUGCCUAUCUCCCCUGUAAUGUGAAGCAGAUCCUGAGAAAACCGAUAUCCUGGUUACGAAUGCGAGAUGGACACAUUUUAACAGUUGAUMAGACGACUUUCAUAGCUGACCAAAGAUUCCAGCCAAUUUUCGCACCGAAACCUGAUCGUUGGUCGCUACAAAUUAAAUAUGUUCAACUUAAAGACGAAGGUACCUAUGAAUGUCAGGUAUCUACGGAGCCAAAGUYGAGUGCCAUCGUCACAUUGCGGGUAGUUGAACCGAAAACGGAAUUAAUUGGUGAACCCACACAACACGUCAAGGCUGGUAGUCAAGUGAAGCUGCGUUGCAUAAUUAGCCAGGCAUUGGACCCGCCAGUUUUUAUUAAUUGGUUCCACAAUCAUAAGCAGAUUUAUUUGCAUAGCCGAAGGGCUUGGCGCACGGAAAUCGAACACAUCGAAUGGCCUAUUCACGAUUUCUCAACGACAGCAACAACAUCAACAGCCCAAGGCGAUAGUGCAACAACAACUACUCCGCCAAUAGAUGCUGCUGCAGACUCAUCAGCAAMGUCGAAAGCRUCAGUCAUGCUCUUGGCUACCAACUUUGGAAAUGAAGAAAACAGUGCACAAACGACAGUCAGGGACGUAGAAUUGACAACAGGAACGCCCUCGACCACUUUACCAAUUUCUCGAUUAGGUACAGACGUCCCGACGGACUUAGCGGACAGCGACGGCGGCUUUGAUUUUGGCACAGAUAACUCCCCUUUCUCCCUCCUCCCCACCGAAGCGGCGGCAAUGGACACCGUGUCCGCAGUAGUGCCAACCAAAGUAAAAACGACUCAUUUUCCGACAACUACAUUAACAAUAACCACAACGAUUACAAUGUUGGCAGCAGUGAAAGUACGAGAAGUAACGGCUGCAUCUUUAAUAAUACCAUCCGUGGAGAAAAAGGAUUCUGGCAAUUACACUUGCAGCCCRUCUAACAGUGCUCCCAAAACACUUGUCCUUCACGUGCUGAAUGGCGAGUACUCGGCAUCGGCGAUAACGUCUGGUGUUAAUGAUAGAAUUAUUAUUACAAACCAAUAUAAGUGGCGAGAAACACUCUUAGCUCUGAUAAUUUGGCAGUGGCACCAAAAAUUCACAGCAUUUUUACGCAAUUGCGAAUACUUUUAUCGGACAGAAUGAUGGAUACACGUACACUCCACUAACCCCUGUUGAAUAACAAAGMCAGAGUAUAAGAUUUAAUCGAAUUAAGGGAUAUUCACAGAGAAUAAUAUCAAUGAGGCAAAUAGCAUACAAUAUGCAUUUUGGUAAUAACUAGUAACCUCAUCGUUUAAUUAAUAYGUAAAGGGAAUUGAUUUUCGCUUCUGAAGACAUUGAAUAAUAAUAAUAAUAAAAGGAAAAUAAAAUAGAAAGGAAAAAAAAAUUGAUCUUAUAAACAUAUCUAAUAUAAAUCAGUAACGGCACUCAAAUGUCUUCCACCUUGGAAAGAAAUUGUAUCUAAUCGCUUUUUUCCAAUUUGUAAACAUGAUUUAUGGUUUCUAUUUUAUAUUGUAGAGCUUCGACUGAUUGUAAAUAUAGAAAAUUGUAUAUAAAACAUUGUCAAGUAAAAUAAGUUUAGACUGAAAUUUUAAAUAAUAUUUUAUUACAAUUUAUAAUGCAAUGCGAUUUCAAGAUUAUUUUCUCAAAUGAGAAAAAUUAAUCGUUAAAAUAAUGAUAUUUAUAGAACAUUCACCAUAUUUGUCAAGCAGGGAGAAAAAACUUACAUUUCUAAGUAUACGAUCAUAAUUAAAAAUGGUUAAAAGCAGGAGAGGUAUGUUUGUUAUCCACAGUCACACUGCCAAUAAUGUGUUUAUGCCACAUUUUAUUAAGAGAAAGCUAUAAAUAAAAAUUAGAAAGCAGAUAAAUUGA